GGAAGAUAUUGAAAUGSUUGUCAAAAAUGGCAUCGGAUAACUGRAUUUGUUGACCUUGGACAGAUCCACACUUGCAUGGAAGCCAUGUCUGGAAAAGAUGAUGGUCUUCCCAAACUUGCAUCACAUGUUCUCCAGUUCAUCUUCUUAGGCGACAGUGGGUUUAGAUUCCMUAUAGYACAAUUUCCAUCAAGUUCAUGUACACCAAGUUCUCUAUAUUUUUUGUUUUGGGAARGUGUGAUGAAAAUGUUUGAAUUUGGUUUUACGAUCUAUUAUUGCAUACUUGACGGGGCCGAGGUAAAUCGCCAGUUUAUCAGGCUGCAUUUUUCCAAUGAUGCUGAUGUAGUACAGAAGAGUUUUAUGACUCCAAACCCAUUCACUGGAAUUCCUCUUAUAUUCCUCAUGGAUCCAAAGCAUAAUUUCAAGAAACUAAGAAACAAUAUUCUCAAAAGUUCCCUUGCGGAAGAUUCAAAAAAGUGCCUCACAGUCAAUGGCCAACAUAUAACUAGGGAGCACUUUGCCACUGCUUUUCGUUACGAUCAAGGGGAAUUUUCAAUGUCACUGAAUAAUAAGCUUACAGCAGAUCACUUCUAUCUUAAGCCUGCCUCAAAACUUCGAAACCACCUUGCUGAGAAUAUGCUUGAUAAAGAUAUGCUACGACUCAUUAAGGCAUACAAGGAACAUCUAAAGGGAAAAACAGGACAGGAACCCAAAACUAUCGACUCCACAACUGAGUUACUCGGACACUCAUCAAAAGCCAUUCAGAUAUUUCACAACAAAGUGCCCAUAAGUUCGCCUUCAGAUCCUGGAUUAAAGGAGCUAGCACAAAUGUUGUCUUACUUCGAAGGCUGGAGAAAUGAGGUUAAAGGGAAUGAAGCAAAGAUGUUUAUCUCGCCUAAGUUAUACUUCGAUAUACAAUCCAUGGUUCUUGGGUUUCGAUCGAUUGUGGCGACAAAACUCCAGUACUUUCCCCAUUCGGUGAUCAUACCGGCAAUUGUAAAUCAAGACGUUGUGGAGAACCACUUUGCACAGGGACAGCUCGCAAGUCAUGAAGAUAAAAGUGAUAGUAUUGUUAUUGAUAUCAUUAUUAUUAUACCUGUGUGCCAAUCUGAAGUCACGGAUGUAUUGACCAGCUCCAGCCUUCAUAUAUUUGCAGAUGAUGCUAUGGAGAAGUUCUUUGAUGAACUCCUAUAA